UGCACAGGCCAGGCAGGCAGUUCUCCCACCUCACCGAGCGAGCCAAGCCGUCGGUAACGGAGAAGAUGGCAGAGAGGCAACAACAGAAACACGAAGGCAGGGUAAAGAUCGGCCAUUACAUCCUCGGCGACACGCUCGGAGUGGGGACAUUCGGCAAAGUGAAGAUUGGCGAGCAUCAGUUGACAGGCCAUAAAGUGGCUGUGAAGAUCCUGAACAGACAGAAGAUCCGUAGUCUCGAUGUUGUGGGGAAGAUCAAACGAGAGAUCCAGAAUCUUAAGCUGUUCAGACACCCACACAUCAUCAAGCUGUACCAGGUCAUAAGCACCCCGACAGAUUUUUUCAUGGUUAUGGAGUAUGUGUCGGGAGGUGAGCUGUUUGAUUACAUCUGCAAGAAUGGACGGGUGGAGGACACUGAAGCACGCCGCCUUUUCCAGCAGAUUAUCUCAGCUGUAGACUACUGUCACCGGCACAUGGUGGUUCACAGAGACCUCAAACCUGAGAAUGUCCUAUUGGAUGCCAAUAAGAAUGCCAAGAUAGCAGACUUUGGACUGUCAAACAUGAUGUCAGAUGGAGAAUUCCUACGAACUAGCUGUGGCUCACCCAAUUAUGCAGCUCCAGAGGUCAUCUCAGGAAGACUCUAUGCAGGCCCAGAAGUUGACAUCUGGAGCUGUGGUGUGAUUCUGUAUGCCCUGCUGUGUGGCACCCUGCCCUUUGAUGAUGAGCAUGUCCCCACACUGUUUAAGAAGAUCAGAGGAGGUGUCUUUUACAUCCCAGAGUAUCUGACCCGCUCUGUGGCCUCGUUGCUGAUGCUCAUGCUGCAGGUGGAUCCUUUGAAGAGAGCCACCAUCAAAGACAUCAGGGAACAUGAAUGGUUUAAGCAGGACCUACCAGGCUACCUUUUCCCAGAGGAUCCAUCAUAUGAUGCGACUGUUCUGGAUGAAGAGGCUGUCAGGGAAGUGUGCGAAAAGUUUGAAUGCACUGAAUCUGAGGUUGUGACCAGCCUGUACAGUGGAGACCCACAGGAUCAGUUAUCCGUAGCCUAUCACCUCAUCAUAGAUAACAGGCGCAUCAUGACCCAGGCCAGUGAAUUCUAUUUGGCGUCCAGUCCUCCACAGGGCUCCUUUAUAGAGGAGGGAAUGCCGUUGCCCCCUGGAGUUAAACCUCACCCAGAGAGGAUGCCUCCGCUCUUGGCUGACAGCCCAAAGUCGCGUUGUCCUCUGGAUGCUCUCAACACCACUCGGCCUAAACCACUGGCAGUGAAGAAGGCUAAGUGGCACCUGGGUAUCAGGAGUCAGAGCAGACCCUAUGAUAUCAUGGCUGAGGUGUACAGAGCUAUGAAGCAGCUAAACUUUGACUGGAAGGUGGUGAACCCAUACCAUUUGCGAGUUCGAAGGAAGAAUCCAGUGACAGGCAACUUGGUGAAAAUGAGCCUGCAGCUCUAUCAAGUGGACAACAGAUCCUACCUCCUUGACUUCAAGAGCAUUGAUGAUGACAUCAUCGAGGCAGUGGGCUUUAAAUCGGGCUCAUCCACUCCUCAGAGGUCAGGUUCCACAGCCGGUCUCCACAGGCCCAGACUGAGCAUUGACUCGGCAACCCCAGCGAUUGAUCUGCCCCAGCUCAGCUCCUCUCUCCCGGGAUCCCUGUCUGGUAGCUCCCAUCUGCUCACCCCACGUCAGGGAUCACACACCAUGGACUUCUUUGAAAUGUGUGCCAGUCUGAUCACUACGCUAGCACGCUGAGCCCUGCUGACUUGCUUAGGUCACUGUAACCUGGAUGUCAGUGGGGUUUUUAAGCUAAUCACAGAUCGAGGAUGUAGGGAGUGUAGAUGUUUGGAGUGACUUCUUCUUUCUGUCUCUUCUCCAUCUGUUCUGUUUUACUGGAUUGGGGGAAGCGAUUGGAAAUGUAAAUGGCAAGGCAGGUGUGGCAUUCGCCUCGGAUGAAGAGAGAGAGAAUGAGGGGGUAAAAUAGUGGGGGUUAUUAUUUCUUGUUUUGACAGUCAUUGGGUCAAAGUCUUGAUGUCUUACACAUCAGGCUGCAGCUGAGGGGAAUCUAUGAACUAGUGGAGGCCUGUAAAGUGAGAAGCGAGUGGUCAGAGUUCAGCAAAGCUCAAGCUCACUGUCACUUCUCCCACAAACAUCUUCGGCUGAUUAUCAGUUGCUGAAUUUCCUUCACCCACUGUACCACCGAUCAAAGGUCAGUUUUGCAUCUGGUCUUAAAUCUUCACUGAGGCAAAGUUGUUAAACUCGACAUUAAAUCGUGUCAGAGAGAGUAUCGCAAAAUGUAAAAUUCUAUUUUUUUUUAUUUAUGUUGUUUAUGAGGAAGAUUUUGUUAUCCUUGUAUUAUAUUUAUAUUACAAUCAUUAUGUAGCUGAAAAGUUUGACAGAGAAAUACCAAAUAAAUUACUUUAUACAUCUUUAAGAUUUAUAUUUUAGCGGUCAGACCCAUAUUUAUUUUUAAGAGGUUUUUUUAGGCAUUAUAGUUUUUUAAUUUAAUUACUACUUCAACAUAGUUUUACUUGAUUUUGAAUUGAUUGUAGAUGAGUAGCGAAGCUCUUUGAGACAGCGGGAUAGUAGAAUGAUGCUCUGCAUGACGCCGAGUAUGUGUUGCAUUGGUGUUGAAGACAGAUGCAGACCAUCUUACAAGAGUUUGGGUUUUUUUCGGGGGGAUAUCCAGAUAUAUUUCAAAGCAUUCAAUCACCCUGCUAUUUAAAGCAGUCUUUUAUAUGCAACACACCCAACAGAUCCCUUUACAUGCAAGUCCCUAAUGAAGACACUUAGACACUUGCUUAGUUAUCAUAGGGGUGUUCAGUUCAGUCACAUAUGUAGUAAGCUGAAUAAAGACAGGCAUUAUAGCUGUUUUUAGGUAAAAACUAACAUUUUGUUUUAUUAUUAUAUUAUUAAGCUUUUAAAUUAGGCAGAUACCCCUUAGAAAUUGAGACAGAUGCUUAAUGUGAGAUCUUAAAACUAUUUUUAUUGGCUGGUGUGGCCAGUUUUUUUUUUCUAACUUGUUAAAAUACUUAAGUAAGCCAUUAAAUUUCAAAACAGAAUGACACUGAGGAGGGCAAAAAAUAGAUGUGAGACGGUGUGUAUCUGUUGCACAAGUGUAUAAGCCACAUGAACUUUUCUACAGUUGCCUUAAACAAUGCAACGCAUUAAUUGGUAUGGAGUGUGUUGUGGAAGUUUUCCAUACAAGUGUGUGUUUGUGAGCUCAGAUAAGUAUGGUACUUAACACUGGUGUGUUUAAAGGCUCUUGAGUAUAAUUGUGAUGUCUGGGAUGUCAGAGAGGUGACAGAAUCAGAAAAGUGAGUGGCGAGAGACAAACCAUGACGGUUCGGCGUGGUGCAGCUGUCUGAGCUGUUAUCUGUUUCAAUUAGUCAUUGCUGUCCAGUCUGCACUGUAAAACUCAUUUGCUGUGGCCGACAGUUUGCACACUUACUGUUUACUGCACUGCAAACUUUACUGUAACUGUUGUUGCUGGUUGCUAUUGAUGCACGCCACCGUUCUGUAAUGUCCUGUCAGAUUUCCAUAGUGAUGUUGUGUAUUGCUAUAGUCAGGCAUAACAUUAUAUCAAAAUCAUUUAUGACUGAAUGUAAAUUGAAUGCUGGUGCUGCUAAUAUAAAUCCUUUUCUCUCUUUCUCUCACUAUGUUCUUCUGGUUUUAAACCUGCUGUUUUGAUGUGGGGAUACUGGACCGUUGCCUUUCUACUGUUUGCAGUAAGACGUAGAAGUCAGUGGCACUGAGGCAGUUACUGUUCUGCAGAGUGGUGUCACAGAGAUUUACAAAAGUGUAAAUACAGCACUUAGAAAUAUACACUGAUAUAAAUAUGUGCAGUAAAAAAACGAAAUAACUGAAACGACAGAAAAAUAUUAAAUCUGCAGAAAUCUUUCAAAAUAAAGUUGUGGAACUUCUUCUCCAACACGUCAACCCUGUGAGAUGAGCACAGACAAAUGCACAUUUGUCUAAAAAGUGCUGCCUUUUCGUUUCACAUUGGAUUCAAACACCACGCUUUCCCAGAUCAAUAUCGGGUCGCUUUUCUCACCUGGUUCUACUUGGUAGUAGACCGAGGUCUGGUUGAACCAGUGAAAGCCACUUUCUGCUACCCUGAAACCCUUUAUUUACAUGUUCUGUGUAUUUGUUCUGUCUGUAAGCUCAUACACUGCUCAUUGUUCUUUGUCAAGGAGAAAUUGUGUUCCCUGCUCCAAUAUGCUGCUGCAUAUACACCUUUGUAAACACUAGUCCACAGCCUUUGUCAGCCAUCUAUUUUACACUAUUGCUGUGUCUUAAAUUACUUCUCUAUUGUAAGCAUCUUCAGUCACAUCAAUAUAUAAUAUAUGGGCCUUUAUGCUUUAAUUCCGGGUACUGAUGCUCCUAAAAAACACUUGCAAAAAUAUGUAUGAUUGAAGUGCACUAUCCAGCAGAAGUCAUGGGUGAGAUUUAAAAACUCCUCUGACAUAACCAGUGUUUACUGUCAGGUGUAGUCUACCAUCACAACUGUAUGCAAAUACCAGUGGCAUGAUAGUCAUGUAAGCUAAUUUGUGUUUAGUGCCAGAAGAAAUGCUAAAGGGCCUAAUUAAAUACAAAUUUCACAUGUUGUACCAAAGUGAGUAUUUUCUGUAGUGGGGUUCUUAUGAUCAGUGUAACCCUAAAUACCACCGUGUGUGUGUGUGUGUGCGUGUGUGUGUUAGGUAUGUGGGUGCACGCUGGUUGUUGUGAUUGCCUGUAUGCGUGCGUGUUGAUACUGUCUCUAUAUGUCUUUCUGUCUGAUUGAGGUUUGGAUUUCUCAUGUUAUGCGUUGCAUGAUAUUGCUGUAUUGAUUUGCACUUUAAUGAAUAUUUAUUGGAAAAAAAAUAAACGUAAAAAAAAUUC